AAUUUAAAUUACUGAUCUUAUUUAUUAUGUGAAGUGUGAACCUACCUAUUUAAUAUUACAUAUUUACCUAACAUUAUCAAGAAGCCAUUGGAGGCAAUAAAAAUACGAGUCUUCCGCAAGAGGAUCGUGUCCGCGUCCUCGGUGUACACGCUCGUCUCGGGCGUGGCGUUCGGGUACGCCACCGUCGUGGCUGUCCAGACGCUGUCCCGACUACCAUCUCCCGUGACCAUGACCAACUUCAAUCGCAUACUUUUGAACUUUGCAUGCGCCACGUUGGUCGCGCCGUCCGCCGUCGUGCCCGUCAUCAUGUGGUUCGAGACGACCAAGCUCCAGGCUUACCUGCAUGAGUGGCGACUGUUCCAAGCCAAUUACAACAGAGUGGUCGGCGAUUCAGAUGGUACUGCUAUGAUCGCAAUCGUCGAGAAACGGGUGAACAGGAUUUAUCGAUCUAUACUCGUGUUCUUGUCGAUCACUGGAGUUGCAAUCAGCUCGUAUUCGUCAUCGACCAUGAGCGACGUGUUUGUACUCGUUUGCGCGAUAAAAAGCAUUUCGAUCAUGGUUUUCAUCGCGGGAUUUUGGUUCGUGGGUGCAAUCGUGAUCGAGGCGACAAUCGACGGCUACAAGAAAAAAUUACAAACGGACUUGGACGGGCACGUAGAUUUCAGAUUCAGCGCCCGGUCCAUCGAAGACUACCGUCUGCUCUGGCUGCAAAUGAGUCGGCUGGUGCACGGGGUCGGCGAUUACAUGUCGGCCACAGUGACGUUUUGCAUAUUUCACACGACCGUCACCGUCAUCUUGAGCGUGUACGCGCUGGGCGUGUGGGGCGCAACGCUCGUCACACUGCGCAGGUACGAGGCGCUCGCGUCCGCCGCUGUCGCGCUCGUCUGCAACGCCACGUCGCUGUACAUAUACUGCGACUGCGGUUACAGUCAGACGACAAAAUGCGUUGACAGCGUGAUACUACUUAUAUUGAAAAUGAAAUCGUCGACGAGAUGGACGAAUUCUAAUUACAUUCAGAUAACACUGUUUUUGAAUGCCGUUAAUCAAUAUCAACCAAACGUGAAUGUGAUCGGUUUCUACGAAAUCAACAGAAGAUUGCUUGGUUCGAUUUUAUCCUUGCUUUUGACAUACUUAAUAGUUCUUGUACAGUUGAACUCUUCAUUUACCACGCCGAGUUCUGCAGAACAGGACUACAACACUACUAUGACAUAAUUGAAAGGUGGUGGUU